ACUCGCCGCCGGAGGAGCUCCGCAACAACUGAGAGAGGGUCCCGGUAGCUCCCUCCUUCCCUUUCCGCGGAGUAUGUGUAAGGGAGGAAGGGCGGCGCUGCCUCGUCUUCCUCCUCCUCCUCCGGCAGCAGGGAGCGAGGGACGGGGGAGGGGAAGUUUCUGGUACCUUCUGCCUGGGUCGCCCGCGGGCGGAAGCGGCAGCGCUACGCUGGCGGGGCCGGGCCGGGGUCAGCGCCAUGGCCAAGUGGGGACAGGGGGACCCGCGCUGGAUCGUGGAGGAACGCGCGGACGCCACCAACGUCAACAACUGGCACUGGACGGAACGGGACGCGACCAGCUGGUCGAAGAGCAAGCUGAAGGAGGUGCUGGUAGGGCUGGUGGUGGAGGGCGAGGCCGGGCGCUGCGAGAUCAGCGACCUGAAGCACGUGGAAGGCGAAGCGUCCUGCAAUAGCCGCAAAGGGAAACUCAUAUUCUUCUACGAGUGGAACCUGCGCCUCAGCUGGAAAGGUACAGUGAAAGAGUCUGGUGAGAAACAUAAGGGAUCUGUUGAAAUUCCUAACCUGUCAGAAGAAAAUGAGGUAGAUGAUACAGAGAUAAAUGUUAGCAAAAAGAAAGGGGAAGGUGAUGUUCUGAAGGAGCUCAUGAGAACUGAAGGAACCACAAAAGUCAGAGAGGCCCUGAGAGAUUAUCUGAAAGCACUUAAAACAGAGUUUACCAUGGGGAUGAUUCUGCCAACAAAAGGUACUGUUGGUCAGGAGCUGGCCUCUGAGCAGAAACUAAGUGGGAACACUGUGCACGAUUCUGUUUCACCACAAUCUCUGGAUCCAGUUGGUGUAAAAAUUCCAACAGUGAAGAUACUGAUGAAACAAAUCUUCAAUUCCCCAGCAGAGGAACUCUAUCGUAUCUUCACAACUAAGGAAGCGGUACAGAAGUUUUCUAAGUGUCCUGCUGUGAUUGAACCUGAGAAAGGAGGCAAACUUCAGAUGUUUGAUGGCUGCGUCAAUGGUGAAUAUGCAGAACUGGUCCCAAGUCAAAGAAUUGUCCUGAAGUGGAGGUGUAGAAGCUGGCCUGAUGAGCAUUAUGCAACAGUUUCCUUAAAUUUCAAGGAUAUGGCUCUGCAGACAGAACUGCAAUUGGAGUGUAAAGGCGUGCCUGUCUCUCACGAAGACAGUACCAGACAAUGUUGGAAGCAGCAGUAUUUUGAAGAAAUCCAUACCUUACUGCAGCAGUCCCAAGCCAGCAUGGAAUGAUAGCAGCACUGCAGUUUUAUUAGGGCAUUACUUUUUAUACUUUAUUAACAUUUGGUUUUAUAAAAAAAGUAAUUUAUUUGUGGGAAGAAUAAAGAACCACUUCUAUCCUACUGUAUAUAAUUUAAGCUUUAUUUAUGGAUUUGUCAAUGAGGUGGCAAGUAAGGCAGACUGUGUGUAUAAAGGGCUUGCGUGAGACAGCUUCAGUGUAAUGGCGAUUCAGCUACAGUAAGGUACCAUCGUAGGUAGGUUAAGUUACACGAAUCAGUAGGAAGCAUUUGCUGUUCUUUAAUAUUCUGUGUAUGAAGUGGCAAAAUUAAAGCCUUCUUGGAGAUGGGGUUCUUACCAGAGGUAAACUGAAAGGGAUUAUAAAACUGCUGAAAUAUUAGCUAUUCAGGGAAAUAUGGGGGAUAAGCCUUGUUAAAUAUGUCUUAAGGUUGCUUUAACUACAGACUGAGUUGGCUUCUUUUUAGGGAAAGAUAAUUUAUGAUGUCAUGUAAUUCUGGUUGAUAUGAGGGUUACCACUAUCCACUAUUAAGACUGCAUGCAUUGUGCUCCCUUACUUGACCUCAGUGUGACAAUUACUUUGGAAGGAACAAACAGUAAUAAUACUGCUUCUUCUGCCAUUCUGUAAACCUUCCAUUUGAAUCAUGUAUGGCACUUUGCAAUAUUGCAGCUCAGAUUAAAGUGAGCAGCUGUUUGGUAGAGAAACAGGAGUGAGGUUGAAGUAUUGAAAGAAAGAGUCGCUAGCAAGGAGAGGGGUUAGCAAGGAUAACUCAGUUUUCCAAUACUUUGUUACAAGUGUAUGAAUUAAAUAUGCCAUUUAAAACAAAUUGACCAAAAAAGGGCAAGCUGCUUUUGGAAACUCUGGUCAGCUCAAUAAAGUACCUGGUUUAUACAUAGCUUCUCUCCAUUCAUUGAUACUAAGUAUAGCUAAAGGACUGUGUAUACGUUUUUUUGUUUUCACAGGAGGCCAGCACAUGGCACUCUUACUGCACACAAACUUCUAUCACCCAGAAGGCAGGGAUGUGCUUCUCUCUUCUACAGAAAAGGCUUACCCCAAGAUGUUUGCAGUCAGUUACCCACUUUGAAGUGAGGUGAGGUUUGUUGUAACAAGACCAGGCAUCUCACAGUGACAGGAUGGACAGACAGACUGCUUACCAAGAAUGGCAUGACUUGUGUUUUAGGUGUCAAGAGGGUGGAGAACAACCUCUUGAGAAACAUGAUGUUCUAUCAUCUUUGUUUUGUAAGUCACCUUUUCUGAUAAAUGUUCAAGGAGGAAGUGUGUAACAUGUUAAGUGCAGAAAUGAUUUAGUGUAUUGGCUGACAAAGGGGGCAAUCCUUAAAAAUAGAAAAUCUAGGUUCAGGAAGGGAUCAGGCUAAGCAGUUCUGUGUGCAGACCAUAGUAAGAGGCUCUUGUGACAAUUACUAUCUGAGAGCAGACUGUUAAAUCUAUUCACAGGUUUGUUCAAGCAGC